GUGUUCCCUGAGGUGCUGACCAACAUUGUCGAGCUCAUGAUGGACCCCUUCGGCAACUACCUCGUCCAGAAGCUGCUGGAUCGCUGCUCGGAGCAGCAGCGGCUGGAGGUGUCCGAGCGGGGAGAGCUCGUUACUGUGGCGCUCAACACACACGGCACACGCGCAGUGCAGAAGCUCAUCGAGACGCUCUCCUCACGCGAACAACGUGCCAUCGCCAUCGAGGCGCUACGACCCGGCGUUGUGUCCCUCAUCAAGGACCUCAACGGCAACCACGUGGUGCAGCGCUGCCUGCAGCGAUUGGGACCUGAGGACAGCCAGUUCAUCUACGAUGCGGCCGUCGCGCAGUGCGUGGAAGUUGCGACGCACCGGCACGGCUGCUGCGUGCUGCAGCGCUGCAUAGAUUUUGCGACGCCGGCUCAGAAGCAGGCGUUGGUGCAGGAGAUAGCCAACCACGCCUUGGUGCUCAGCCAGGACGCGUUUGGGAACUAUGUGGUGCAGUACGUGUUAGAGCUGGGGCACCUAGAGACAUGUACGCAGGUCGUAUCGGCGCUGCGCGGCUCCUUCAGCUCACUCUCACUACAGAAAUUUUCCUCGAACGUGGUGGAGCGCUGCCUGAAGCUGGGCGGCAUGGACGCGGAGCGGGAGGCCAUUGUGCGGGAGCUCAUAGCGCCCACAAGCCUCUCACGGCUGCUGCAGGACGGCUUUGGCAACUACGUGAUCCAGAGCGCACUAAGCGUGACCAGUGGACAAAUACAUAACAUGCUGGUAGAGGCCAUCCGUCCGUACCUACCAACCCUGCGGGGGACGCCCCAUGGGAAGCGCAUUGUGCAACGCAUCAACGGCAAGGCAUGAGGUACAUGAACUACUCAAGAUGGGAAGGGGAGGAGGAUGAGGAGAAAGGGCUCGAAGAAAGAGGGAGAGGCGCGGCACUCGGCAUGCGAGGCACGCGGACUAGCGUGCCUUUCCGAAGAGGGUGGCGGUUGGCCGCAGGAUGGGUUGGUGCAAGCCGCAUGGAUAGGCGUGGCGGACUGAGUUGCGGCGUUGCAUGGCAUGGCGAAAGGUCUUUCGUUCCAAGGAUUGGUAAAGAAAAGCGGUACAAAACGUCGCUCGCUCGGUAUCGUGUCACACUGGGUGCUGUGCUCCGAGCUAAGAACGGGCGACCACGGCGUCUUCAGGAGAAACGGUAAAAACUGGUUGCUGCAGUGUUUUGCUUUAUCGGAGCUGAGUGCUAAUACCCGCGAUGGGGUUUAUAUCGAGUGCUUCCAUGCUCCAGCGGCGCGGUCACGACCUGGUUUUGUCGUUGUUUCUAGCCAGGAAGUCAGUCAGCUUGCCCUCAGUACGUAGGCUGUGGGUACAGAGUGUGGCGGGUGUGGAGGAAUUCCAGCUGGGUUGC